AUGGAUUACGAACCCGAGCACGAAGGGUGUUUUACUAACGUAUUUAGGGCAUUUGUGUGUGUGACACUGUCUUUAUUAUUAGGAUUACAAGUAUAUGCAUACUUGUGGGGGCAACAGGACGCGCUGGAAGGAGACUUUUCGGAUGUAAAACACGUAGUUGUGCAACUUACUCGUGGUCUCUCAGAGGUAAAUCGUAAACACGAGCGACUUCAAGGAGAGAUGGAACGUUUGACGGCUGCCUUACCCGCAGUAGCUGCGGCCGCUGGGAAGGCCAGGGAUGCUUUAGAACCCACUAAACGAAUUUUGAACCAUCCAAUCGAUGUGCGAGAUUACGAUCGUCAGAUCGCUGACUACGCAUUAGAAACGGCUGGCGCUCGCGUUAUAGACACAGGAGAUACAAUAGAGCACUUCUUAUACGAGUCACCUGUUACUUGGAUUUUACAUGUAGUCAGCUCUAUGCUUUGCCGGGAAUGUCCGGGCGCCGACACUAUUAUCCGACCGGGGACUUUACCAGGCGAAUGCUGGGCUUUCAAAGGGUCGAGAGGAGAAGCUACGAUUAGGCUACUGGGUACAGUGCACAUAAGCGGCGUUAGUUUGGAACAUAUUUCACCCCAUAUUUCACCCACCAGAGAGAUCUCAUCAGCACCAAGAUUGUUUCAAAUAGAAGGAUUAAAGUACCGCCGCGAUGCUUAUCCACAUGAUUUCGGCACGUUUGAAUAUGACAAAGAUGGUAAGCCUAUCCAGUAUUUUGAAGUAUUAAAUACCUCGCAGAAAGGUUUUAAUGUAGUGCGCUUAAAGAUACAUUCAAAUUGGGGUCAUCCUGUGUACACGUGCGUGUAUCGUAUAAGAAUCCAUGGCGAGUUGGCAGGGUCAAAACCACGUGCUUCCGGGAAAGAUGAUGAUUUACUUAUUGAAAAUGAA